CAGCAGAUCGACUACCACUUACCUGUUCUUAAUAUUUAUCUUAUUUUUACUUUAUUGCUUAUUACACUAUGUAUAUACUUACACAUCAAAUAUUUCUUAUUGGUCCACCAAGGCUGUGCUGCAACUAACUAUAACGCAUUACUAGUAGGUAGUGAUAACGUUUUCGCGGCCUUAGGGUGUAAUAUUUGUGUUCCAAAAUCAAUCUCAAGCAUUAAUUAAUAGAUUUGGAUUUAGGAGUUCAUUUCUGGGUGAAAUUGUAAUAUAUUUUAAAACAAAUUAAUGAUUUUAUAAAAUUGUGUUGUGUUAAAUUCAACAUAAUGUACUCUAUUUAAGUUUAAAAAGUAAUACAAUAUGUACUGGCUUAAAAAUAUGGCGAAGACAAUAAAUUGUAAUCGAUCAUAAACAAAAUAGCAUAGUAACCAAGUAAUUGUAUGAAAAACAAUUAUGUACGAAUUAAAUAAAAUAUUUACUAAUAGAAGCAGACAGGCAAUUUAAUAGCUUGAAAAUGGAGAAUAAACCUUACGCUUGUGAUGUAUUCGACAAGCCGUUCUCUGUAAGUAGCAAACUAAUGAUACAUCGACACACACACGCAACUGAAAAACCGUACGAGUGCGAUGUAUGUGACAAAUCUUUCGCUAAUAAAACCGGUUUGACGAGACAUCGACGCACACACACUGGUGAAAAACCAUACGCAUGUGAUGUAUGCGAAAAGUCGUUUAAUACAACUGGGUAUUUGACGGCACAUUGGCGCACACACACUGGCGAAAAACCGUACGCGUGUGAUGUAUGCGACAAGUCGUUCUCUGUAAGUAGCAGUUUGACCGUACACAAGAGGACACACACUGGUGAAAAACCAUACGCAUGUGAUGUAUGCGACAAGUCGUUUUCUGAAAGUAGCACAUUGACAAAACAUCGUCGCACACACACUGGCGAAAAACCGUACGCGUGUGAUGUAUGCGACAAGUCGUUCUCUGUAAGUAGCAGUUUGAUCGUACACAAGCGGACACACACUGGUGAAAAACCAUACGCAUGUGAUGUAUGCGACAAGUCGUUUUCUGAAAGUAGCAAAUUGACAAAUCAUCGUCGCACACACACUGGCGAAAAACCGUACGCGUGUGAUGUAUGCGACAAGUCGUUUUCUGUAAGUUUCAGUUUGACGGCUCACAAACGAAUGCACACUGGCGAAAAACCGUACGCGUGUGAUGUAUGCGACAAGUCGUUCUCUGUAAGUAGCAGUUUGAUUGUACACAAGCGGAUACACACAGCACACCGGUCGGAUUGAUCAAAUAUCUAUGAUCCAAUAAGGGCCAUAUUAAAAUAUGAUACAUAAUGCUAACGUUUGUAUUAUUUUGGUGGCACUGUUAAAGUGCUAAUUUUGUCAUUUACAUUGUGCAUAGUUAAUUCCUAAUACAAAAUUGCUAAUUUUUUCAAAAUAAUAUGCAUAAGUAAAUUCUACAUUUCGUCUUGUUUUCAACUUUUAUCGAAUUAAUAUUUCAAAAAUUAAAAGGUGUGAAAAUUUCAUGAAUGCUGUGUUUUUUACAAUCAAUAAUAUUU